AUGGAUCCUGAAGCAAUGAAUUUCAUCUCUUCUUUCGACAUUGUAUGCCUCCAAGAGACCUGGUCCCAACAAAGUAUUGUUCUCCCAAAUUAUUGCUCCUUUAGCUCCUGUGCUCGUAAACUAACCAACAGGGGUCGCCCCCAAGUUGGCCUCGCCUGUCUUAUUUCAACCAGCUUAUCCCUCACUAUUUGCGAGGAAAUUAAAUCUUCCCCUUACUUUCUCACCAUAAAGAUUCAUCUCCCAAAGACCAAAAGCCCAUGGUUGAUAACUACAGUAUAUCUGCCCCCAGCAAUUAAUGAUUUCGACCGCAAUGAAAGGUGGUCUGAACUUUCGUCUUGGCUCCAUGAUCUUCAAACAACUAACCCAGGACUCCCUCAAAUCCUCUUAGGCGACUUUAAUGCAAGAAUAGGUCCCAACGACGAUGAUAUAAUAUCUCCCGCAGCACUCCUGGACAAUCCCCUGCAGCCCCCCUGGGGAAACAGAUGCUCUCUUGAUCCUAUAACAAAUGCGUCGGGAGGCUGA